AUGGCAAAUUACUGUAGAUCAAUAUUUUUAUCCAUUUGUGAUUCAGAAUAUUCCAAUCAAAAUGAACGAGAAACAAGACGAUUGUUUGAUAAAUCAUGUAAACCGAUUAUAAAGAAUGAUGCAUGCAAUAUAGAUGAUAAAGAUAAAUGGAAAGAAUAUGCAACAUACGCUGGUAUUGCAAUAGCUGGAAUUUUUAUAAUCAUAAUAAUAAUAUGGGGUGGUAGAAAAAUUUAUUAUCGAAUAACCACUACACCUGAAAUGAAAGCAAUGGAGGCAUAUAAGAAAGAAAAAUUUGAACAAUUAUUGGAAAUGGAAACAAUUCGUACAAUUUAUGAUCAAGAAGUUGAUAAUUUGGACAAUAUUUGGCACGAAAGUACAGCUAAAACGAUAAAAUCAGGAAAGCCAACAACGUCUAGUUCAGUUGUUGACAAACGGGAUAAUGUAAUGACGACUUUAUCGAUACAAAAUAAAGGUUUUAAGGAAAAAAUACGUUCAGAUAUUGAAACGAAUUCAAAAAAUACAAAUUUUUGGAAUGAUUUUCAUGCAAAUUCACAAAAAUAUUAUGCUGAUUCAUCAUCCAAUUUGGUACCGAAAAAGAACAUGAAAGAACGAUUUAAAUGGUCGAAAAAGAAAGUAAAAAAUGGAAAAAAAGAUGCAAUGAAUAGAGAUGAAUUAAUUCGAACAGAAGCACGUUUACAAUAUGAAGAUAUUAAAAAAGAUAAUCGACGAAGAUUAACGGAUGAUAAAGCAUAUUAUGCAAAAAUUAAAAAAGAAACAGCAAAAAACAUGCCAAUAGUAGAUAGAGAAAAAUUGGGAAAAACAUUAAGACCAAGAAAAAAACUUGAACAAAAAGAAGACAUUGAUCCAUUGUUGGCGAAAACGAUUAGCAUUCUAAAUCAAGAACAGAUUGAUAUUCAUCAUGAAAUGUUACGUACGAAAAGAUUUGCUAAAUUUGAAAAAAUGGAUCAAUUGGAAAAAUGGUCCAAAACAUUGAAAGAAACACGGACAAAAACACGAAACGAUCGUAACAAAGAAUUUUUUGGUGAACCAGUUAAAAUUUUAGAUAUACCGGUGAUCGAUGAUGAUGAUUUAGCUUUCGAUUUUGAACCGGAAGAAGAAAAACAGCUAUUAUUACUAGUAGUUCCAAAAAGUUAUCGACGAAAAAAGGAAAAUCGAAAAAAGAUUUGAAAUCGAAAGAUAAAAC